GUGCUCCUCCCGCUGGCUCUGCUAGCGUAGUACCUUUGGCUGAUAGCCGCCCACUGGUCCCACCAGUGUAGUACCUGCGAGUGAGAGCGCCCCGCCCGUCGGCUCUGCAGACGUAGUACGUUCCUCGGCGUCCGAGUUUGUGUGUGUGGGUACUUUUCCGGGUAUGGAUCUUCUUGGAGAUACGAGCGUGCUCACCGACGAGCAGCUCAUGGAUGGCCAUGAUGACACCCCGUAUCAAGAUCUUUUCCCUGUGUUUAUCCCAGAGAGUGACGCUGCGAAUGUGGCUGGUGUUUUGGAUAGCAUUGAUGGGGGUGCUGAUUUUGACUUGGGUGCGGCCGCGCUUGGCCCUGGUGCGUCCCCGUUUGCUCUUGGUUCGACUGAGAAGUCCGUUGACAUCAACCACUUCCACCGCUCCCUUGCCCACGCUUGCGAGCCUCUUUUGAGAGAAACUGCCCAGCAGAGAGGCAUCGUGCUCACGGGCAAGCUGGAACCGUGCACGGACUGCAUGAAGGCGAAGGGCAGGCGAGCGUCGGUGCCGCGGGGGCCGGGAGCGCGGGCGUCGAAGCCACUGGGGCGUGUUCACCUAGACCUGUGUGGACCGCUGGUGCCUUCCCUGGGCGGCAACCUCUAUCUGUUCGUCGCCGUGGACAGCGCCUCGCGGUGGAACAAGGUCUACGGUCUCCGGCGGAAGUCCGACGCGCUGGCGGCAACGAAAAGGCUGCUGGCGGACGUGAAGCGGUACGACCUCGGGCGCAUCGAGUGUUUCCACGUCGAUAACGGCACCGAGUGGACCCGCGGCGACUUCCGGCGCUUCUGCGACGACAACUGCAUCGGCGUCGAGUUCACAACUCCUGGCGUUCUGCAGUACAACGGCGUCGUCGAGAGUGCCAUCUGGCGCAUUGUGAAGGCCGGCAUGACCGCUCGCCGCAGCGCUGGCCGUGUGUUCAACGUCGACUUCGCCUCCAUCCCCGGUCUCGACGAGCGCGGUGACCUUCUUUGGAUGGAAUCGGCGAAAUGGGCCACCGACGCUCUCAACCAGUCGGCGACCAAGGCCAACCCCGGGCGGCGCUCGCCGCACGAGAUGUUCACCGGCGAGCAGGGGCCGUUCCGCGUGCUGCCGUUCUUCCAGCCCGGCUUCAUGCGCGAGGACCGCCGCACCAAGCUCGACGACCAGGCCACGCUCUGUUACUACCUGAACGGCGGCGACAACCACCCGAGCGGCACCGUCAAGGUCCUCAAGGCGUCCACCGGCCGCGUCGUCUACACCAACAACGUGUCGUGGGUGACGUCGGCGCCAGCCGGCGAGGGGGGUUCCGCUGGUAUCACCGCUGCGCCGACACCCCCCCCGUUCACGCCGCCGGUCGUCUCGAUCAACUUUGGCCCAGCACCGACGCCUUCGACCGCCACACCGCCACCGCCAGCGCCCACGCCGUCGCCCGCUCCCGCUCCCGCUGCCGCUUCGCCCCCUGCCGCAACGCCUCCGCCAGCGACCACGCCGCCGCCUGCUCCUACACCUUCACAGUCGCCCUCUGCCACUUCGCCUUCACCGUCGGCGACCCCCGCUCCUGGCCAGCCGUCCUCCGCCACUUCGCCGGAGCUGGGGGGGGCAGAGGCCGGAGAGCCGGGGGGAGCGGGGGCCGGAGGGCAGGCGGGAGCACUCGCAGCGGUGGACCCGGGGGCUGGAGGAGCGGGCUUUCCACUCGCAUUUGCCACGCUCCUCGCCAACCGGGAAGACAUCGGCGCCACGCUGCGAGACCAGCGCCCGCCGGAGCAACGCCCUGACCUUCCGCACUGCCAGGCCAGCGACCUUCUUGUUCCAAAGAGCUACAAAGAGGCGAUGGCGUCGGAGCACCGAAACCUCUGGAGCGACUCUAUACAAAGGGAGUUUCAUGGCUUUUUGGAAGCGGGGACUUUUACUCCGGCGAAGUAG